CUAAGAAGGGUAGAAGACUAUCUCUUUCUUUCGCUCUAUUUAAGGAACACAAAUUUUACAGGUGUAGUAACCUGUUUCACAACCCAAUACAUGUCAUGCACAUGUUCAACCAAAAUCCGGAUAAGACCAAACUGCAUUUACAUUUUGCUGCUGCUAAUUAAUUCAAUUACUGGCUAUGGGACUUCAUUCGCCGACUCCUCCUAAUUAACUCAUCGCACUUCUUUCAUCAACUCAUAUUUCACUUACAAAACACCCUCUCCUACCUUCUCUCUUAUCACUUCCAACCAUGACUGCAACUGAUAUUGCUCGAACAGCGGUCGGCAUCAUAGGAAACAUCAUCUCGGGCGCUUUGUUCCUGUCCCCAGCAUUAAAAAAAAAUAUACAAUACAGGCCCACUUUUGUCGAAAUAUGCAAGAAGGGAUCAGUGGAGCAGUACUCGGCAGCACCAUACCUAGCAACGCUGGUGAACUGCAUGGUUUGGACCCUGUACGGUCUACCCAUGGUGCACCCAAAUAGCAUUUUGGUGGUAACCAUCAACGGCUCUGGGUGCAUCAUUGAGCUUAUCUUUGUGACACUCUUCUUGAUCUACUCUGGUGGGAAAAAGAGGCUCAAGGUCCUCCUGUGGCUCUUAUUGGAACUUAUUUUUAUCUCUGUUCUCACCUUUAUCACUUUAACUAAGGUCCACACCUUCAAGAAACGCUCUGCCAUUGUUGGAACCACUUGCAUUCUCUUCAACAUUAUGAUGUAUGCUUCACCCUUGGCUAUCAUGAAACUGGUGAUCAAGACUAAGAGCGUUGAGUACAUGCCCUUUUACAUCUCUCUCGCCUCUUUUGGGAAUGGUGUGGCUUGGACAACUUAUUCUCUCAUCCGUUUCGACAAGUUCAUAACUAUACCAAAUGGGCUUGGGACAUUGUUUGCGGUGGCGCAACUGAUUCUGUAUGCAACCUAUUACAAGUCGACUCAGCGGCAGAUAGCGGCAAGGAAUGGCAACGGGGGGGUGAACUUGUCGCAGGUGGUGGUGGGUAGAGAUGACCAAUCCAAGCCGGAUAAUUGAUCAUGAUGGAAUCUCCAUGUGUUCCCUUCAGUUCUUCAAUAAGAGGUUUCUUUAGAUGCAUGUUCAGCAAUGUUGUUUGUAGUACUUUGGACCUCCUAUAAAAUGUAAUCAUAUUUACUAUUACAUAAAACUACCGUAAGUUUAGCUUCAAAAUGUCCAACUUUCAUCUAACAGUUCCAGUUUACUAAUUGCAUGAAUUUGUUAACUAGAACAAUUCCAGAUCCACAUCUUUUGGAGCUUGUUAAUUGUAGCGUAGUCUGUAUAUAGACUAUGAUGUUGGGGGAAAA